UUGAGCUUCUAGGUCCUCAGGGGUUUGAGAUGAUCUCCAAACUCCUUCAGAGAAGGUCAGACAUCGUGGACUCCCUGGUGUCCAUCCCGUUGGAUAGCAGACCUCACUACAAUUCAGGACAGCUUAAAGGGAUGAGAGAUGAAUCCGCCAAGCCCACAUACGGCUGCCAGGUGACCAUCCAGUCCGAGCAGGAGAAGCACAUGAUGAAGAUUUACAGAAAAGAAGAGAAGAAGGAGAGGAAACGUGAGAAACGAGGAGAUGAAGGGGAUACCUGUGAAAACGCCUUUCAUUUUGACCCUAAGGAGCUGAGACUGCAGAGGUUAGCACCUGAUGAAAAAGAGCAAUGA